GCCACAUCGUUUUGGUAAAUCUACUUACCUUUGUUUGUAUUAUGAUGUUCACGAUGUAAAUGAUUUUGAUCAACUUUUUGGUCCAUUAUAUAUUGGAAAAUACCCAACACCUUCCCAUAACACACAUCUUGUACUUAGAUUUGAUCUUUCAACAAUUGAUACAGAUUCAUAUGAGGAGAUGCAAGUAGCUUUUAAUGAUCAAUUAAAUAGGAACUUGUGUGAGUUUAUCAAGAAAUAUGAAGUAGAAUUGGAUUUACCAUGCUUCUUGUUGAAAGAUAUCGAAAUACUCUUUUAG